AUGAGUCGCCCGCUUCUCUCGAACCGGACAUCCUCGGAGUUCCAGGAGCGUGAUAUUGCCGAGGAAGAUGCUCUCCUGACUGGUCAGCGCACCGAGCGCAGCACUUCGGGAUGGCAGAGAUGGCAGAGAUGGCGUGAGACGGGGCUGUUGGUGUGGGCGGUCGUAGCUACAGCAGGCGUCGUCAUUCUUGCCGUAGUCUACCAAAAGGCAGGAGGAAGUCCAUCGGACAGCACACCGAGCAGCGGCCACGGGAAGCGCAACCUCAUCUUCAUGGUGUCUGACGGCAUGGGCCCCACGAGUCUGAGCUUGACGCGCAGCUUCAUGCAGUUCCAGAACGGCGCACCUUUCAGCGAGCAGCUCGUCAUCGACCAGCACAUGAUUGGCCAGUCCCGCACUCGAUCCUCGUCCAGCCUGAUCACCGACUCGGCCGCGGGCGCAACAGCUUUCUCGUGCGCGCAGAAGAGCUACAACGGUGCCAUCUCAGUCACGCCUGAUCACGAGCCCUGCGGGACGGUGCUCGAGGCAGCGAAGAAGGCCGGAUACAUGACAGGCUUAGUCGUUACUACGCGCAUUACAGAUGCUACGCCGGCAUGCUUCGCAGCCCACGUCAACAUGCGCCAGGAGGAGGACCGCAUUGCCGAGCAGAUGGUGGGCGACUACCCUCUGGGCCGUGUCGUGGACCUGAUGUUCGGUGGCGGUCGCUGCCACUUCGUCCCCAAUUCCACGCUCGACCACUCGUGCAGGGAUGACGACCGCGAUGUGGUGGACCUGGCGCGCAAGAACGGCUUCAACUACAUCUCGGACCGCGCAGGCUUCGAUGGCUUGAAGGGUGGCGCCAACCUUGACUUGCCCAUGCUGGGCCUCUUCGCCGACACAGACAUCCCCUACGAGAUCGACCGCCGCAACGAGAACGACAAAUACCCUUCCUUGCACGAGAUGGCCGAGGCCGCUAUGAAGGCGUUGAGCGAGGCCACCCGCGACAGUGACAAGGGCUUUUUUCUCAUGAUCGAAGGCUCGAGGAUCGAUCACGCAGGCCACCACAAUGAUCCUGCUGCUCAGGUCCACGAAGUGCUCGCCUACGAUAAGACCUUCGCCAGUGUGCUCGAUUUCAUCAAAAAUGAGAAGACGGAGACCGUCAUGGUCUCUACCUCUGACCACGAGACUGGUGGUUUGGCAACCGCUCGCCAACUCCAUACCACCUACCCGGAGUACGUCUGGCACCCCGCGCCCCUUGCCAACGCAACCCACUCCGCCGAGCGCCUCGCCAUCGAAUACGCAGCAUAUCUUCUGUCAUCGCCCUCGCACGAGCGGAAGAAGGUCUUUGUCAUCAACAGCAUCACCAACGGACUCGGUAUCCACGACUACACCGAGGACGAAGUCGAAGCCAUCACCGACGCGCCCCUCACUUCCUUGUACGCCUACGCCGAUAUGAUCUCCCGCCGCUCGCAGACCGGGUGGAGCACGCACGGCCACUCAGCCGCAGACGUCAACAUCUACUCGUCCAACCCCAAAGCAGCCGCAGCGCUAGUCGGCAACCACGAGAACACGGAAGUCGGCGAGUUCCUAAGAAACUACCUCGCAGUCGACGUCGAGGCCGUGACAAAAGAGCUUAGAGAGAAAGGCAAGGAUCUCAAGGUGCUGGGCAUCAACGGCACGGAAGUCAGCUGGAUGGGCAAGGUUCCGAAAGAAGGUGAGAGGUUGGAUGGCCAGACGCAUUUAGCCGACUACACAGGCGACUUCAAGAAGAGGCAUCUGCUGCACGGCAGGGCGUGCGAUUGCGGGCACUGA